UGACGUCGUCAAUCUGACAUGGAGCCAGUGCUGGUGGCGGACGUUUGUUCAACCGGUUGAGAUGGAGCAAAGUUUAUUUUAACGACGGGAAGAUGACCUCAGAUCCCGUUAAAACUGAGAUCUAGAAACAUUUCCCGUGAUCAUAAGACGAUUUGAGCCUUUUAAUGGCCGCAACAUGAAGUCUCAACUUCAGAUAACAGUUCUGUCCGCUAAGCUGCGGGACAGUAAGAAGAAUUGGUUUGGACCCAGUCCUUACGUGGAGGUGUGUGUGGACGGCCAGUCCAAGAAGACGGAGAAAUGCACCAACACUCACAGUCCCAAAUGGAAACAGUCUCUCACUGUGAUCGUCAGCCCUUUCAGCAAGUUAAUUUUCCGGGUUUGGAGUCACCAGACACUUAAAGCCGACAUUUUGCUGGGCUUGGCCACUCUGGAGGUCAGCGAGACCUUAAAAGCCAACAAUAUGAAGAUUUCUGAGGUUGUGCAGACGUUGCAGUUGAGUUCAGACAGAGUGCGAUCGGAGGUGGUUGGAGAUCUCUCAGUGUGUCUGGAUGGACUACAGAUGGAUCCCGAGACUUUUGCUUCAGAGGAACAAAAGCACAAUUCAGCUGUAAAUGGAGAACCCACACAGAACGGGGAUGUAGCGGGGAGUCGAGAUUCGUCCCCAUCCAGUGACAUCACUGAUGAAGCGCCACUGCCCAAUGGUCAUGCAGUGGGAAGUACUGAGUCUUCCUCUCCAUCCGCAGGGGCUCUGAGACCACCGCGUCCAUCUCGACCUCAGCGACCGCCUCCUGCCUCGGCACAUAAACACACUUCCUCCACAGCAUCCUCUGCUGGCUCUACUCCCACACACGGCAGCAGAGCUCCCAGCCCGGAGGCGUCUCCACGAGUGUGUGUGAACGGUGAAACGGAGAGUCAAGGGUCAAGCUCAGGUUCAGGGUCAAAUCAGGCCCCCAGUGCCAGUCCAACACCACCCGUAGCUUCGCUAAUCAACAGCAGCCCUCUUCCUCCUGGCUGGGAGCAGAGAGUGGAUCAGAACGGCCGUGUUUACUAUGUGGAUCAUAUUGAGAAAAGAACCACAUGGGAAAGACCAGAACCGCUACCACCGGGUUGGGAGCGUCGCUUGGACCCGAUGGGCCGUGUGUACUAUGUGGAUCAUAUAAUCAGAACCACCACAUGGCAAAGACCCACACUAGAGUCGGUCCGAAACUACGAGGAGUGGCAGAACCAGCGCAGUCAGCUGCAGGGAGCCAUGCACCGCUUCAACCAGAGAUUCAUCUAUGGGCAGCAGGACCAGCUUGUGCCUGCAGCUAAUAAAGAGUUUGACCCUCUGGGUCCUCUGCCGGCGGGAUGGGAGAAACGGACAGACAGUAAUAGGAGGAUGUAUUUUGUUCAUCAUCCUACAAGAUCCACGCAAUGGGAGGAUCCUCGCACACAAGGGUUGUUGAAUGAGAAGCCUUUGCCGGAGGGUUGGGAGAUGAGGUUUACGGUGGACGGGAUUCCCUAUUUCGUUGAUCACAACAGGAAAACGACGACAUAUAUCGACCCUCGGACAGGAAAAUCCUCCCUUGAGAACGGCCCUCAGAUCACAUACGUACGAGACUUUAAAGCCAAAGUGCACUAUUUCCGCUUCUGGUGUCAGCAACUAGCAAUGCCUCAGCACAUUAAGAUCCACGUCAGUCGCAAAACACUGUUUGAGGACUCAUUUCAACAGAUUAUGAGUUGCCAUCCACAAGAUCUGAGACGGAGAUUGUGGAUUAUUUUCCCAGGAGAGGAGGGUCUUGAUUAUGGAGGCGUGGCAAGGGAAUGGUUCUUCCUGCUCUCCCACGAGGUCUUGAACCCCAUGUACUGUCUGUUCGAAUAUGCCGGGAAAGACAACUACUGCCUGCAGAUUAACCCCGCGUCCUCCAUUAACCCCGAUCACCUCAAGUACUUCAAGUUCAUUGGACGGUUCAUUGCAAUGGCUCUCUUUCAUGGAAAGUUCAUAGACACAGGCUUCUCUUUGCCCUUUUAUAAGCGAAUCCUGAAUAAACCUCUGGCUCUGAAAGACCUGGAGUCCAUCGACCCGGAGUUUUACAACUCGCUCAUCUGGAUCAAGGAUAAUAAUAUAGAGGAAUGUGGCUUGGAGAUGUUUUUCUCGGUGGAUAAAGAGAUUCUGGGAGAGGUCACCACUCAUGAACUCAAACCUGAUGGAGGAAACAUUCAGGUGACAGAGGAAAAUAAAGAGGAGUAUAUCAGGUUGGUUGCUGAGUGGAGGUUGUCCAGAGGUGUUGAGGAACAAACUCAGGCGUUCCUCGAGGGCUUUAAUGAGGUCUUGCCACAGCAGUACCUGCAAUACUUUGAUGCCAAAGAACUGGAGGUGAUGCUGUGUGGGAUGCAGGAGAUUGAUCUGGGGGACUGGCAGAGGAACGCCAUCUACAGACACUACGCCCGCAGCAGCAAACAGAUCGUCUGGUUCUGGCAGUUUGUGAAGGAGAUCGACAAUGAGAAGCGUAUGCGACUGCUGCAGUUUGUAACCGGCACGUGCAGACUUCCUGUCGGGGGAUUCGCUGAUCUUAUGGGGAGCAAUGGGCCGCAGAAGUUCUGUAUUGAGAAAGUGGGAAAAGAAAACUGGCUGCCGAGGAGCCACACAUGCUUCAACCGGCUGGAUCUGCCGCCCUAUAAAAGCUACGAGCAGUUAAAGGAGAAGCUGCUGUUCGCCAUCGAGGAAACCGAAGGCUUCGGGCAAGAGUGACGCGUGCGCACGAGUGACGACACACAUCAGCUUUCACCAUCAUAUCAAAAGCUGCUGCCGCUGCUACUUUAAACCAGGAAUCGAGGAAUAAACAGUGUUUUGUUGGAAGGAAAUCUGCCGGCUUAGGCUUCCAUUUCCACUUUUCUGAUUUAUGCUGCCUUACUCAAUGAUCAUUGGCCAGACGUCGGCUCACUCUAUGCACACUGUGAUCCUCUACCUAAUAAUGACUGCCGCUUGUCUCGACUCUAGUGAUGCACAUGCAACAGGCUCCCUCUACGACUUGAAGUGUGAGUUUGCAUGGUAUGAGUGUUGCGUGUGCAAGUAAGGAGGAGUUACACUUUCAUUACUUUUUUAUUGCACCUAAAUCCUUUUUAGAUAUGGGUUAACCAGUUCAAAAGAAAGGUUUGCACUUUAUUAAUGAAAACACUGGCCUGGUGGUGAUUAUGGCUAGUACUAAACCUGCAACAUGCAACGGGUUAUAUUUCACAUCAGAAUCAAAGGAAAUUAGAAAUAUUGCAUGAGGAACGCGAGACGUGCAAUUUUUAGUUUUUACACUUAAUGCAGGAAAAUCUCAUUCUUAUUGCUGUGACCGUUGCAGAGGAUAGGCUUCGUGUUUUUUUUAUGCAAAAUAUAAUUUCCUUUUUAGUUUUAGGUGAGCUGUGACCUGGAAAUGCCUACAUUGAGAGUAUGUUUAUGCAUGUGUGGUUGGGUUCACAUAAAGCAAUAGUCCAUCAAACCAUCUAUUCACUUUCCUACCAGAGUUCACAAACCUCACGACUAAUGCUAUAAUGCUAGAUGAUUUAGUGUGGGCAAAUUCACAGCCUGAAGUCUUUUAUAACUUAAAAAAAAAAUGAUGUUGUUCACCAAAAUCACUAAAUUCGUGCAAAAUGUGCUUUAUUUUGGAAAAUAAAAAAGUGUGUUUGUGUUGUAGAGAUGUUAUGCCGAAGAUUUAGUCCUGACCUCAUGGAUAUUCUGUGCGUUUCAAAAGACUUUUCUUCUUGUUCAAAUGCAAAACACAAAACCAGGACUGUAAAUACUAAUGUACAAAGAAUAACUUAUGAUCAUAACAGAUUUAGAGGUAGGAUUUGAACAAGCAAAGCAGUUUUUUGUGUGUUAGCAUUUGCACAGAUUUGUUUUCCAGAACAUGAUUUUGAUUCAUUUGUGAUGUGAACUCCUCGGUAAACGGGUUCACUUCAUGUUAAAUUAAAUCUGUCAUCAGAAAUGUCAAUAGCGUUUGUUACUAGGUCUUGCUACAGGGCACUUUAUUUACUUUAUACCAGAUUGUUCGUGUUAAAAUAACUGACGGAUAUAGGUCAAGAUUCAUCUUUCAUGUCUUAAAGCAUUUUGUAGGUCUGAAUAUGUAAAGGCCGACCUCUUUAUUUUCUUACUGUACAUCAUUUAUUGAUUCGCCUGCUAUCUGUAACACAUUAACAUUGAGUAAAGCUGUGUUUAAUGAUUUGGAUUAUA